CGUGUUUAAUGCCGCACGAAUCAGGCAAAGUAACCCAACUAUUCAAAAGCACUUACUGGGUAAAAGAAGUGUUGAUAAUAUUGAAUGGCUAUGCAGAACAUGUCGAGAUUAUUUGGCAAAAAAUAAAAUUCCACGAUGCGCUGCCGUAAAUGGGAUGCAAUUUCCUUCAAAAGCCAGCAUUUUUUGACCUGAAUGAACUAGAAUGUAGAUUACUUGCUCCCAGAUUAGCAUUCCAAAAACUAAUGCAAGCCCCAAGAGGAAAACAGCUAAAAAUUAGCGGCAACAUUGUUAAUGUACCUGCAGAUAUAGCAAACACUGUUGGCAUGUUACCAAGGUUGCCGAAUGAAACUGGAACCAUUAAAGUGAACCUAAAGAGAAGAUUGCAAUACAAAAGUUCGGCUUUGUCACUCAAUGUAAGACCAAACAAAGUACUAGAAGCAGCCAAAUGGCUUGUGAAUAACGGUAACCUUUACAAAGAAGAAGGUAUAAUUCUCAAUGAUACUUGGCUUGAGGAUAACUCUAAUAUUAUUUAUGAUGAAAGAAAUACUGAAAAUCUUUCGCGGGAGGAAUUAGUAAAAAUGGACUGUGACGAUGUAGAAGAUAUUAGUAAGACACAGCAAACACCUAAUGAGGAAGAUUCCUGGAGUAAAGACGAGGCAGAAAUACCUGUUGGAGACACUGACACUAUGUUAACAUCUCCAGAUUUUCUCACUGAAAAUGAACGUCAGCAUAUUCUAAAUGUCGCACCUGGUGAGGGCAGUACGCCUAUGAGUAUAUUUAGGGAUAAAUAUUUAGAGGAAUUAGCAUAUCCUGGUAUAUUUCUUGGACAGAAACGACCAGAUAAUACAAACAGACUAUCUGAUGUCCAUUAUAGUGACAUUUGCAAAUCUGAAUUAAGAAGGUCUGACCGAAGGGCUGCAAUGUGUGUAGAAAAUAUUUCCUUUAAGACUAAGAAAUUACAAAUGAAGAUUUUGCUUGUGCAAUCACAAAUUGCAUUAAGAAAAUGUCAACGAAAUAGCGGCACAAUCACUGCCGGUCAACUAAAACAACCAGGUACAUUAGAUAACAUGAUUCAUCAAGAUCAAGGAUUUAGAUUUUUGAGAGCAUUAAGGGGUUCACCUCCAUAUUUUGAAAAGGCUAAAAAGGAUAUAUUUACAAUGAUAAGGCAGUUAGGACCGGCUUCAUUAUUCUGUAGUUUCUCUUCUGCAGAAACACAAUGGAUUCAUCUACUCAGAAUACUUGGUAAGCUUGUUGAUAACAAAGAAUACACUGAUGAUGAACUUGAGAACCUCAAUUGGGAACACAAAAACAGGUUAAUUCAGAGUGAUCCAGUGACAUGUGCUAGGCAUUUCGAUUAUCAAGUACACAAGUUUUUGCAAAACUUUCUUUUAAGCGAAGUUUCACCUCUAGGGAAAAUUGUAGAUUGGUUUUACCGAGUUGAAUAUCAACAAAGAGGAUCGCCUCAUAUUCAUAUGUUAUUAUGGCUAGAAAAUGCUCCCGCAUUUGGUGAAGAUUUAGAUUGUGUUGUUGUUUCAUUUAUUGAUAAAAUAAUCACGUGUGAAAAGCCAACUGGGGAUAAAGAAUUACUUACACUUGUAAACAGACAGGUUCAUCGUCAUUCUCACACUUGUCGAAAGAAAUCCAAAAGUGUAUGUCGUUUUAAUUACCCACAACCACCAAUGCGGUCAACUAACAUUUUAUAUCCAUUAGAUACUGAUAUCGAUGAUAAUGAACUUGAACAACAUAAAGAUUCUUGGAAGUUAAUUAAGAAGCGUCUGAAUGACAUGAAAGAGGGGGAAGACAUUACAUUUGACCAGUUGCUGGUAAAUCUUAAACUGAAAGAACAAAAUUAUGUGUUAGCGAUUCGAUCCAGCCUUAAGGCUCUAACUAUAUUCUUAAAAAGAAAACCGAAUGAAUUAAGGAUUAAUAAUUAUAAUGCUGCAUGUCUCAGUGCAUGGCGCGCAAAUAUGGAUAUUCAGUUUGUACUCGAUGUAUAUGCAUGUGCAAUGUACAUUGUAUCAUAUAUAUCCAAAGCCCAGAAAGGCAUGAGUGAGCUGUUGAGAACUGCUUGUGAAGAAGCAAGAAGGGGAAACUCCAGUAUUAAACAACAAGUGAGAGAUAUUGGAAAUACGUUUUUGAACAAUGUUGAAAUAAGUGCGCAAGAAGCAGUCUACAUAGUACUGCAACUUCCAAUGAGAAAAUCGUCUCGCCAAGUUGUAUUUAUAAAUACUUCACCUCCUGAGGACAGAGUUCAAUUGCUUAAACCAAUGCAAGAAAUCAAUGAUAUGGAAGAUGAUUCCGAUGAGGUCUAUGCAUCUGGUUUAAUAAUGCGUUACACAAAACGACCAGUCAAACUUGAAAAUUUAUCACUUGCUGAUUGGGCUGCAUGGUACGACUGUUGUGGUAAACCACACAUCAAACCUUCAUGUGAAUUAGAUAUUGAUAACUAUCCACUUGAGACAAACAUUAUGGAAGAUAAUGACGAUGUGAAGGGAGAUUGUGAACAAAAGAAUAAGAAAAGAUCUAAAGCUAGAAUAAUUCGAAGUGUUUGCUUUAAUAAGAACAUUGAUUCUGAAAAGCAUUUCCGAGAACUUGUAAUGUUGUUCACAUCAUGGAGGAACGAAAAAUCUGACUUAUUAGGAAAUUGUCCUUCUUACAAAGAGCGCUAUUUACAAGUUAAAAAUGCAAUAGAUCAACAAAUGAAACAGUAUGCUAUUUGUAGUGAAGACCUGAAUGACAUCCAACAACAGCUUAAUAAUAUGGAAGAUAAUGAUGAUAACUAUGACCUUAUUGCACCAGGAACGCAAAAUAUUGAGCGCGAAGAUGAAUCUGAAGGUACACAAGACCUUCAUCCAGACUUGAAUGCAAACUAUGACCUAUCUGGAGAUCUUGGAAUUCCUUCAAAUGCAUCAAAUACUGAACACCUAAUAUUACAUGAAGAACAGGAUGAUGUUUAUAGAGGUAUGGUACAAAAACUUAACAAAGAACAAAAAGAAUUUUUCUAUCAUGUGUUACACCUUAUUAAAACUUCUGAUAAUCCAUUCUACUGUUUUCUCAGUGGAGGAGCUGGAGUAGGCAAGUCGCAUCUCACUAAAUGUUUAUAUCAAGCAGCAUUGAAGUAUUAUAAUACAAGAGCGGGUGAUGAUUUCCAUCAACUAAAAUUAUUAAUGCUUGCUCCAACUGGCAAAGCAGCUUUCAACAUUAAAGGUAACACAAUUCAUAAUGCAUUUGCAAUACCAGCAUGUCAGUCUUUAAAAAAUUACAAACCGCUUGACUCGAGCAGGCUAAACACUUUACGAUGCCAACUUGGUGGUUUAAAGCUAAUAUUUUUGGAUGAGAUCUCAAUGGUUGGUAGUACAAUGUUUAAUGUUCAGAUAAACAACAGACUGAAAGAUAUCAAAGGGAGUAAACAAGACUUUGGUGGUGUAAGCGUAGUUGCAAUUGGUGAUCUAUUUCAACUACAACCUGUAAUGGAUAGGUAUAUAUUUAAGAAUCUAGACAAUUCAGAAUAUGCAAUUCUUGCUCCUAAUAAAUGGCAAGAUUACUUUAAAAUGUUUGAACUGCAAGAAAUAAUGAGACAGAGAGAGAGCAAAGUAUUUGCGGAAAUAUUGAACAGGUUGAGAGAAGGCAAGCACACAAAAAAUGAUAUUUUAAAACUCAAAGAAAGAUUAAUAAAGGAAAAUAGCAUACACGAGUCAAUGGAUGUGCCCCAUUUGUUCAUACAAAAUCAGAAGGUAAACGAAUUCAAUGAAAAGGUCCAUAAUGCCGCAACUGGGGAAAAGUUUACCAUUAAAGCUGUAGACAGUGUCAUAGGAGCUAACUCAGCUCAACUUCGAGAUAAAAUUUUGAGUCAAAUACCAGAUGAUCCAAGGAAAACAAAACAAAUUUCUUCAAACCUUCAACUAUCUGUUGGUGAAAGAACUGAAAUAGCAUUAAAUGUACGCAAUGACGAUGGCAUGACUAAUGGUGCUUGUAAUGUUGUUAAAAAGAUACAAUUAAAUCAAAGAGAUAGACCGUCUGGUAUAAUAUGGGUCCAAUUUGACCAUUCAGAUGUUGGAGAGAAAACCAGACAUGAAAAUAGACAUCUUUAUGUCCAAGGUAUUGAGUCCACAUGGACUCCAAUAAAGCCAAUCACAACUCAGUUUGCUGUGGGUAGAAACCAAACUGCACAAGUUGUUAGAAAACAGUUUCCACUUAGACCCGCUGCGGCUAAGACAAUUCACCGUUCACAAGGUGACACUGAACAAAAAAUUGUUGUAAAUUUCGACACUAGAAGAUCAAUACCACAUAUACAUUAUGUUGGUUUGAGCAGGGUAACAGCAAUUGAAGGUUUAUUUAUCACUGAUCUAUGUGAAGAUAAAAUAGCUGUCAAUCCUCAUGUAGCAGCUGAAAUGGAACAUUUGAGAAAUGAACGUGUACUAAAACUAAGUGUCACUCCUAUUUAUAAAACAGACCAAGUCUCAUUCAAACUGUGCUAUCUAAAUGCACGGUCGUUGCAUAAACACAUUGAUGAUAUUCGGCAUAAUUUUAAUUUUGCAACUACAGACAUCAAUAUUUUUUCUGAAACUCGAUGUAUGCAUUCGGAUAAUGCCAGUAUGUAUGAUAUUGAUGGUUACACCUUGUUCAGAAAUGAUGGUCACUCUUUGACUACUAGACCUUUUGGUGGCAUGGCAGUGUUUAGCAGAGUUGAAUUCUUACCUGGAUAUCCAUGUUGUUAUAAUAUCAAUGGCAUUGAAAUAACCAUUAUGAAAGCAAUGAUUCUUCCACAUGUUACUAUAAUUGGUAUAUAUCGAUCACCCCGAAUUCCACUACAACAAUUGUGUGCAGCAUUAGAUGAAGUUUUGAGGUUCUGUACUUCUCAAUUUAACAUUUUCAUAGGUGAUUUUAAUGUCAGUUGGUUAAAUGAAGCCAAUAGAAGGCCUUUAUAUAAUUUUUUUAUCAAUGAUUACAACUACAGACAAUUAAUAUCUAGUGUCACUACAGACAAUCAAACGUUAAUAGAUCACAUUUAUACAAAUUUACCAGAAUCACAAGUGAAUCCCCACAUCCUAGAAACAUAUUUUUCAGAUCACAAAGCCGUAUGUGCCCUAAUCAAUUGUUUUCUUUAAAUUGUAAGGUCUUCUUAAAAGUAAUGAACUGCAUGAAUAGCAGAUAUUUAGCUCCAGUUAAAAAGAAACAUUAUUUUCGUAUCAUUAUUAUUGCAUUUGGGAUAUAAAUGGUACUCAUCCUCUUAAGUUACUGGUUAAAUGUAAAUAUUCGUAAUUUAUAUGCCUGAAGUAGGCAUAUAAUUUCUAAUAGCACAAUUCCGCACAAUUACUGUGAAAAUGUGAUUCCGUCAAUGCAACAUACAACCUUGUACCCAGGUUCCCAAUCUUCCCUACUACCUCGCUUGAAUUGAAACCCUUAUAUUGGCUGCUCUCGUGACCCUUCAUAUUUUGGCGGAUUUGCUCAGUUGUUUUGCAGAAAGUAUAGUAACUAAAGUAGAUAUUGUAGUAAACAUUAAUAUUGUUAAAAUAACAUUACCAAACAAAACAUCUCAAUUACUAUCCUUUCCUUAAAAACUAUUGAGCAAAUCCGCCAAAAUAUCACAGCUCACGUGACCAGCCGAUACCAGGGUCUCAAUUCAAGCGAGGUAGGGCCGAAGAUUGAGAACCUGGGUACGAGUUGUGUAAAAUUCGAAAAUCAAUGCAUUAUGCGCAGAUACAU